AUGUUUGGACGAAAUAUCACAACCGAAUCAGGCGGAACACAUCAUUGUGAUGGUACAAAUUUGAAUAGCUAUCCAACACCUGGACCCACGGCUACGAGUGCUCUUGCCGAUGCUGCCGAUCGUGGUCAUUUCACUUUGGAUGGCACAUUCUAUAGUCAAUAUGAUGACUUCUUCAUAAGGCGCGUUGACAAAGAACAGCCAACAAUCACAAAAUUCUGGGGUCUUCUAAUCAAUUUUAACAAAACGAAAGUGGGAGGUUGUCAAACAGGUGUUGAGCUCAAUGACGAAGUUCUUAUUGCCUUCGACGCAUCUUGA